AUGAGAACUCACAUUAUCAUCAUUGUUUCAAUAUUUCUUCUAUUUUUGUUGAUUUAGCAAUCUGCUCAAAUCAAACAAUCUCUUUCAAAUAUGAGGUUGAAGUAUUAAUUAGCUUAGCAUGAGGGCCAUGAUCACGGUGAUUCAACAAAUAAACGCAAGUAGCCUAAAUUCAACUCAAAAAAUGGAAAAGGAGAAAUCUAAGGUAUAAUAUAGGAAGGAUCGAAUUAGCAAUCAAAUGGAACCACUACUGAAAAUAUAACCGAUAAUAAUGGAACUUAAAGUAUUAAAGAUAGCUAAUAAAGAAAACCUAAGCAACCUAUAAAUUAUAGAGUGAGUGUUGAUCUUGAAAAAAUAAGAUAAAGACCGGCCUAAGAAAAGUGA